AUGGCAUUGGUUGGAUCAAGCAUAUUCGCAGUUAAAGUAACCAAGGCCCAACUAGCCAGAGGCGAUCCCGUCGGUUUAAACAGCAUUCUAGACGACUGGUCUCGUGCGCCUAGCCGAUAUUUCCCUCCACAUCAAGAUCUGUCGGUAUCGUUGUCUCCCAAAGACCAAUGGGAUUCAUCGAGUGAAGCUCCUACAGCACUUGUCUUUGAUGCUCCCACCCUCGCACGCGAAAAAGUCAACGUACCAAGAACAGCAGAUUCGAGACCAUCUUUACGGUGUACGAUUUGCGCUCCAGGGCGCUAUUCCAAGAAAAAAUGCCAGUGUGUCUUGCCAGAAACAGAUAUCUUUUUCUCCCGGUUUUUUGUUCGGCAUCGUGCAGAAUAUCCCAGACAUAUCCAGAAAUUCAUCACCGAUAGUCCUGAGAUCUUCAUAAAAGCUGGAUAUUUGGCGAUAGCGUCUGGUAGAGAUUGAGUACGCAUUUUGUUCCAUGGAAAGAGCGACAGCAAAGAAGCCACGAUCGCUGGCGACAGCGAGAAACUGUACCGUAGCAGUCUUGGGAUAAUGUAGAGUCAUGCGGCAAAAAGUUUGAUAUGGCGUGAUUACCAGCUCCUUACAUAAUGUUAGUAUGGCUCUUGCCUCGAGAAACUUCAACUUUU